AUGGAUACUACUUCUGCGAAAUCCCAGGAUUUGAGUGGCUUGCGGGAACGACAUAAUAAUGUUCCUACAACAAAUGAGGAUAAUAUGACGGCUAGUUGCAAUGGCUCCGAACCACCCUUAGAAGACCUCGAAUUCGAGAAGGACAAGAAGACGUUUGGCAGAACUCCAAAUGGUACCAUAUUUACAGUACCCCAGACUCAUGAUAUGGUAUCUCAAUUACUCGACCCUCGACAACCCAAGAACAUCUCAGAUUUGACAGUCUUGGUCAUACUCGCAUUUCAUAUAGUCGCCCUUUGCGCAUUGCCAAGCUCGCUGAAGAGACCAGUAUUCGCAGUCCUCUUUCUAUUCUGGCGAGGAUGUUACAAUGUCGGCAUUGGAUAUCUCCUUCAUGUACAAUCGCACCACAAAAGAAUGGUGGCAUGGGCAAAGAAAUGGAAUAUAUUUGAGAACCCGAAUACUGGCAAAAAUCCUCGACCAUGGUUAUACAAUUUGAUCAAGACUGAAUUAGAGACCAAAAUCCCAGAAGAUUACAAAUUCGAGGAAGCACCUAUCGAGUAUAACACAUGGUUAGUCUUUCGAAGGGUAGUGGAUCUGAUUUUGAUGUGUGAUUUCACAUCAUAUUGUCUCUUUGCGGUUUCUUGUGGAGGUGCACCAGCCGAUGAAAGUCUUGCCAUGUCAAUACUUCGAUGGGGUGCAGGAAUCAUACUCGUUUUAUUUAAUCUCUGGGUCAAACUUGACGCGCAUCGAGUGGUCAAAGAUUAUGCUUGGUAUUGGGGUGAUUUCUUUUACCUAAUCGAUCAAGAAUUGACAUUUGAUGGUGUCUUCGAGAUGGCACCUCAUCCAAUGUAUUCUGUUGGGUAUGCUGGUUAUUAUGGUAUCUCAAUGAUGGCUUCAAGCUACAGCGUGCUAGCAAUUUCGAUCGUUGCACAUAUGGCUCAAUUCGCAUUCCUACUCAUUGUGGAAAAUCCUCACAUCGACAAAACUUAUAAUGCGCCACCUCCCAGAAAGCACCCAAAUAACGCAACCCCAAGUGAUAUAGAUCACGCAAACGCAAUAGCAUCAAGUAAAGAUGGCUUUGAAUAUAGUGUAGAUUCGUCACCUAUUCAAACACCACCACUGAUUACCACUCAACCAUUAUCAGUUCAUAAUCUUAUGGGAUUAGGCAACAUUGAUCUAUUCCGGAUCACAGAUCUUUCUGUUCUCCUACUCCAAGGUUACGUCUUUCUUAUUACUGCUCUUACGCCCUCGACGCCAUUCUAUCAAGCACUCUUUGUAAUCAAUGCCAUUUUCUGGCGCUUGUGGUACUCUGUUGGUCUGGGAAUCAUUCUCGAUAGACAAUCAAACACCAAGAUGUGGACACGACACUUUGUCAAAUACGGUGAUAGUACGGAAGAAGCCUGGCGACAAUGGAAAGGGAUGUACCACUUAAGCAUGACAAUGUGCUACGCGAGUUUCAUUGCUGCAACCUGGAAGAUGUACUCGAUGCCUUCGGAUUGGGCCUAUGGACUUGUUUUAUUGCGACACGUUCUUGGUACUGGUUUGGUCUCUCUUCAACUCUGGACUGCCAUCAGUAUCUAUGAAUCCUUGGGUGAAUUCGGAUGGUUCUUUGGAGAUUUCUUUUUUGAUCAUGCUCCCAAACUUACCUACAGUGGUAUCUAUCGAUAUCUUAAUAACCCAGAACGCAUAAUUGGGCUCGCUGGUAUUUGGGGAGCCGUUUUCAUCACUGGAAGCCGAGCUAUAUUCUUCUUAGCACUUCUCAGUCACACGCUCACACUUGCGUUCCUUCAAUUUAUCGAAAAGCCUCACAUGCAGAAGCUGUAUGGAAGAAAUCUUCGAUCAGAAGCAGGCCUUUCAAAAAGUAUCAAAAGAUCAUUACCGCCUCAAAUCAAGAAAUGGCAUGGUAAUGUUGAUAGAGUCCUGGAAGAAACAGGUCAUUUUGUCGAGGAAUUUCUAGAUGCCGCUCGACCGAAAUUUGCAGCUGGUGUUUCUACCAUCAUUAGAGAUACCUCUGCACUCUUUAGUCAAUAUCCAGCUCGAUUAACCUUGACAAGAAUUGCACCAGAUUUGGCCGGUUUCGAUCCAAGAGAUUAUUCCGUCUCGAUUGAGGGUACAUCAUCUGAUUCGGCUAUGCACAAACGUACAACUAGCAAAGAAGGAAUCAAUGCCCGCUUUCCACAAGAACGAACAGACGAAUUCAAACCUCUCGUUUUCGAAUAUGGUGCACCGAUCAAAGUAAAAUGGACAGGGCCAAUAAAACAUAGCAAAGCUGAUUGGGUAGGUAUGUACAUGGUAGCUGACAAUGCAUCUCGAGAAGUAACUCGAAUUUCUUCCACGGGUCGUUGGGUCGCCACUGGCCCUAACGAGUACGAAUCCACUCCAGCAGAUAAAGGUAUACUCGUCUCGGAAAGAAUUAUCUCGGGCGCAGAACGUAUUGAUGGCUCCACGCAAGAUUACAUGGAAGGAGAAAUGCUCUUCGAAGGUGAUAAACUCUUCUGGACUCAAGGAGUUUUCGAAUUUCGUUAUCAUCACGACGGCAAACAUAAUGUCAUGGCCAUCUCUCUCCCUUUUGAAAUUCGCAUCUCCCGCUUCGACGACGAAAAUUCAAACCUAAACAUUUUCCUCGGUUCCGACAAUUCCCCUAAUCAAACUCUCAUCCGCAGCGCUGUCGAACAAGCUUUAUUACCCGUCGUACGGAAUUGCUUCGAUAGAGAUCCUAAUAUUGCCCCUAAUACUGUAGAUGAAAGUUUUGGGGAAUUAGUAGCACGAGAUGGAAAAUAUCCUCGACGCGUGGUGCAUGCUGUGCAUUAUAUGUUUGGGAUAGAAUUUGCACCCGAGGUGGUGAGAGCGGAUGGAAAUGUGAGGAAUUUGGCUUGGAGGAUUUGUAAUGCGAAGCAGGUACUGGCUCCGUAUAGUAUGUCGCUUUCUAAGGGGACUAAUACACCUAUUGGGGAGGGAGAGGGGGAUGGAGAGGGGGAGAAGGUUUAA